GCUAGCUCCAAAUACGCUAUAAGCACAUCCAUCUAUGGCCGCGUUUACAAAAAUGGCUCGAGUGCAUGUCAUUUUGUGCUUCUUGUGCUGCAAUGUCUUCAUCGCUUCGUUCGCCUCCUCCGAUGAGUUCUUCCAAUGCCUCUCGGAGACCAUACCUAGCGAGUUUGUGUACCCACAGACCUCCAGCAGCUUCAUGUCUGUGCUGCAGUCCUCCGUCCAGAACCCCAAAUUCCUGACCAACACCACGGUGCGGCCGCUGUGCAUCGUCACGGCCUCCGACGUGUCCCACGUCCAGGCCACCGUGCGCUGUGGCCGCCGCCACGGCGUGCGCCUCCGCGUGCGCAGCGGCGGGCACGACUACGAGGGCCUGUCGUACCGUUCCGUGCUCCCUGAGGCGUUCGCGGUGCUCGACCUCGCCAGGCUCCGCGCCGUGCGCGUCCACCAAGGGGAUGCCACUGCGUGGGUAGACGCCGGCGCGACACUGGGCGAGCUCUACUACGCCAUCGGCACCGUCAACCCCGGGUUCGCGUUUCCAGGUGGCGCAUGCCCUACGGUCGGCAUUAGCGGCUUCCUCAGCGGCGGCGGCAUCGGACUAAUGAUGCGCAAGUUCGGCAUCGGGGCGGACAACGUCAUCGACGCCAAGAUUGUGAACGCCGACGGCGAUGUCCUGAAUAGGGCCGCCAUGGGGAAGGACCUCUUCUGGGCCAUUAGGGGUGGUGGCGGUGAGAGCUUUGGUGUCAUAGUGGAGUGGCAAUUGAAGCUAUCGAUGGUCUCAAGGACGGUUACGGUGGUCAACAUCGCCAAGACCAUCGACGAGGGCGCCGCUGGCAUCAUCGCCAAGUGGGAGACGCUAAUUCUCGAGCCGUUCCUCCCGGAACUCACUACUCGGGUCGUCGUGCAGGGCAGCCGGGCAUUUUUCCAGACCCUCUUCCUCGGCAGGUGCUCGGGCCUCGUUUACACGAUGCGCAUCUUCUUCCCAGAGCUCAAUAUGAAGGCGGCCGACUGCCAUGAGAUGAGUUGGCUGCGCGCCAUGGCAUUCAUCGGCCUCGGCACCGCCAACGCGCCCGUGGAGGGGAUCCUGAACCGGACCACCAACCUGGGCACCUACGUCAAGAACAAGUCCGACUACGUGCGCCGCGCCAUCGGCAAGGCUGGGUGGGAGAGCAUCUUCCAGCAGCAGCUCUCCCGGAACAGCGCCGGGCUCAUGAUUUUGGAGCCGCACGGCGGGGUGGUCGGCAGCGUCAUCCCGGACACCAUGACGCCGUACCCGCACCGUCAAGGCGUGCUGUACAACAUCCAGUACGUUGUGUUCUGGUGGGGCGAGGCCAACGGCACCGCGGCGGCGGCGGCGACGGGGUGGCUCAACGGCCUGUACGGGUUCAUGGAGCGGUUCGUGACCAGCAACCCCAGGGAGGCGUUCGCCAACUACCGCGACCUGGACAUCGGUCAGAACGUGGUAGGCAGCGACGGCGUGACGACGUACGAGAGCGGGAGGGUGUGGGGCGAGAAGUACUUCAUGGGGAACUUCCGGCGACUGGCGGUGGCGAAGGGGAAGGUGGAUCCCGGCGACUACUUCAGGAACGAGCAGAGCAUCCCGCCGCUGCUCCAGACAUUUUAGUUAGGCUGUACAGUGUGCACACACGACUACGUG